CCCCGCCCCCCGCCCGGUUUCACAACCGCGGGCGCCGCCGAUGUUUUUCUGUCCGGGACUGCGCGCAUGGCGCGGCCGCCGGGGCCGCUUCUCCUCCUCCUCCUCCUGCUCUGCCUCCUCCUCUACCUCGCCGCCGCCGGGCGGCCCUGCGGCCCCGCCGGGCUGUCACGGGACACCGUGUUGGGCCACCUGGGAGCCAACAUCACAUUGACCUGCCAGGACGAGGUGCCUGAAAAUGCCACGGUGUUGUGGCAGGUGAAGCAGCAGGAGGCAGCAGAGGGCCUGGGGCAGCAGCUGGUAGAGGGUAACACGCUGCUCCUGCGGCGGCUGCGCUACGAGGACUCUGGGCACUACAGCUGCUCGGUGGGGAGCCACCUGCUGCGCUCCCUGCGACUGCUGGUGGCAGAGCCCCCAGAAACUCCCCAGGUCUUCUGCUACCGGCGGAGCCACGACAAGGAUGUCCUUUGUGAGUGGCCACAGCAGGAGAGGCCAUCCCCAGGGACACGGGCGAUGCUCUGGGUGAAGCGGAGGUUUGUGGCCGAAAAUGCCACAGAGCACCGGUGCCGCUACUUCUCCAAGGCACGAAAGUUUGUUUGCCGGGUGAAGGUGCCACCUGGCACUGAUGAGACCAAACACCUUGUCGUGUCCACGUGCGUCAGCAACAGUGCUGGUGGCUCGGCUGGCAAAGACAAGAUCAUCACCCUCAGCAGUAUCCUGAAGCCAGACCCUCCAGUCAAUGUGACAGUGGAGGCACUGGAGAAAGCGCCGCAGCGGCUGCAGGUGAACUGGUCGUACCCCUCAUCCUGGGACCCCCGUUUCUACUGGCUCCGCUUCCAGGUCCGCUACCGCCCUGAGCCUGCCCCGGCCUUCAUGGAGGUGAGACCCUGCUUGCUGGCAUGCUGCUUGUCCCUGGCCAGACUGUCUCCAGCCCUGUGUUCCCUCCAGGUGGAUCAGGUGACAACAACUUGGCUCGACAUUCGUGACGCGUGGCGUGGGACCAGGCACGUGGUGCAGGUGAGGGCAAAGGAUGAGUUCGGCCAUGGUGCAUGGAGCGAGUGGAGCCAGGAGGCUGUGGGUACCCCCUGGACAGACCCAUGGGACCUUACCUCUGAAACAGAGCCUUUCAGCUCACAGGUCCCCUUGGAAGAUGGCACCUAUGGGGUGACACUGCUCCCCAGGCUCUUCGCAGAGGAUGAUGCUAAUGGUGCUGCUGGGUCUGUCAUGGAAUCCAGCACCCAUCCUGUGGCAUCCCCCUAUGCCUUCCUGGUCACUGGAGGGAGUCUGCUCCUUGGCAUCCUGCUGUUUGUUGGUAUCAUAGUGAGGUACAGGCAGAUAUGGUGGACAAAUGGGCAGGAGACAACCAAGCCAGAGGGUGAGGGGCAGCACAUGCUGGUGCCCCUAAACCUCCUCCCACCCACACUCAGUGAUACUCCUCUGCUCUCACACCCUGCCCCCUCAGCCCCUGGAAUGCUCCUUAUGACUCACACAGAUCAUUCCUCCUCAGGGCAGUAGUCAGGGCCUGAAUACACUGGUAGGUGCUUGGAGCUGGAUGGGGGUCCCAGGGCUGUGAUGUGGCACUGGGAGCAGUUCUCCCCCACUAUCUGAUGGCUCUGUGGCUGGGACAAACCUCUGAGGAGGGAAAUCAGUGCCACCCCCCAUGGAAAAGCAGCUGGUAAGGGCCCCAAACAGGGUCCUGUGAGGCAUCUUCAGCACCAUGGCCAAGCUGGGAUGGCUGGGAGUGACAGCACUGGAAGCUCAGCUGCACCAGAACACAGGAGCUGGCCCAGGACCUGGUCUGGGGGUCCCACAGGGCAGGGCCUGGUCUCUACAGUGCCAUGGGUGUUGGGGAGGGAGGGA